CUCUUAAGUUUAGUCUAACCCCACCUAAUCGACGCUUCAGUUCACUGCCACUCUCCUCUGCUCCGGCCAGGCGUCACGCCGCACUCAGGGCGACGACGACAAGGAGCCGGUGACGCUGCCACGACGAUUAUCUGGGCGAGGGUGAGGGCGACGGUGUAUCGGAGAGACCGGGCGGACCGCAGCUUGCAGCUGAGGAGAGUUGCCUACGAGUCUGCGACUCCGAGAGCUGCAAAUUCCGUCUGGAAUUGCUGUUGUGCGUGGAGUUACUGAGCCGCGGGGGAGGUCACGGGAGAGGGAAGGAAGGAGGAGGCGGCUUUGGAAGGGUCGAGCAAGUGAGCUGCAGCGUUGAGCUCGACGGACGGAGAGAACAGAGAAGGCCGUCGUGAUCGGCGAUUCCCAGGGCACCGGGAAAGAGACCUAACCCCCGUUCGUGCCCACCACGAUCUGUGGCUUCAAACUCGCGGAGGAUCGACGAUUUGCUUUGUCGCCUCAGUUCGACCAAAAAACUACUACCGUCAACAAGUGUGGGAAUUUCCCAAGACUCUGCACCACCUCUACUGAUCAAUUGGGGUUAAGAGUUUUCUCGGAGCUUCGUACUGAUCAAAGUGAUUGACAACAGAUCGAAAUGAAAUUAAAAUCUCUCUGGAGUUGAAGAAUUGGAGCCGUAUUGGAGUUUGCAUUGCUGCGGUAGCCGCAGGAUUGGAUAUAUUUGGAUUCAGCCUCAAGAGCCCUAUUCUGAACUUGGGGAGAGUGGGUGGACUUCCGUGAAAAUGCCACAAGUGAGGAUCAUUGCGAGGAAUUUCAUGGAUAUGGUGGCUGCUCUGCCCGCCAUGAAGCUCGAUCACCUGUACCAGAACGCAUUCAUCUGCGAAGCAAUUCUCAGAUCAUUGCCGCCCCUGGCAAAGAAGUAUGUGAUACAAAUGUGCUAUAUUGAAGAAACAAUACCAAGCAAAUCAUUGGAGGAGUGGGUUCUUCCAGAUGGUUUGUCAAAGCAUAGAGUGGCCAUUGACAGAUUGCUGCAGUUAAGAAUCUUCUCCGAGAGUUUUGACAGGAGUACUGGAACUAGCUACAGGCUAAAUCCAACAUUCCAGGAAAACCUGCAGAAGCUUAUAACAUAUGGUGCAGUUUUGCCCCGAGAGCCCAUGCCUUCUAGCGUUACUGCCAGGCUGCCUAGCUUGCAGGAACUUGAGAACUACGCCAUGCAAAAAUGGGAGUGUUUUCUUCUACAACUUAUAAACUCUGCCCAAGCUGAAAAGAUGACGAAUAUCAGCCCCUCUAUGAUGAGGAUUUUCCAGAGAGGGCUGCUGACUCAGAGGGACAAAGAGGCUCCAAGAUUGACCGAGAGUGGUUUCCAAUUUCUGCUAAUGGAUACAAAUGCGCAACUUUGGUACAUAAUUAGAGAAUACAUCUCAAAUUCUGAGGAGAUAGGUGUAGAUCCUGCAGAUUUGAUCUCAUUCAUGCUUGAGCUGAGCUUCCAUGAAACAGGGCAGGCAUAUAACAUGAACACAUUGGAUGAAAUCCAGAGAAGCACAAUUAAAGACCUUGCAGAUCUGGGUUUAGUCAAACUUCAGCAGGGAAGAAAAGAGAGUUGGUUCAUACCUACUAAAUUAGCGACAAACCUCUCAGUUAGUCUGACUGAUUCAUCAUCACGUAAAGAGGGUUAUGUGAUGGUAGAAACAAACUUCAGAUUGUACGCUUACUCAACAUCAAAAUUACACUCUGAAAUUUUACGUCUUUUUUCGAGAGUUGAGUAUCAGCUCCCGAACCUUUUAGUUGGGGCUAUAACCAAAGAAAGCUUGUAUAAUGCCUUCGAGAAUGGCAUCACAUCUGAGCAGAUAAUUUCCUUCCUCCAGCAAAAUGCACAUCCCCGGAUUGCAGAGAGGACACCAUCCGUUCCCGAAAACGUCAUGGAUCAGAUAAGACUGUGGGAGACGGAUCUAAACAGGAUUGAGAUGACCCCCGCGCAUUUCUAUGACGAAUUCCCAUCUAGGGACGUAUUCGAGGCAGCCUGCGAUUUUGCACGGGAAAGUGGGGGUUUACUCUGGGAAGACUCGAAGAAGAUGAGGCUGGUCGUGAACACUGAAGUGCACUUGCAAAUGCGGGAGCAUUUGCGGCGCCAGAAGUAGGACCUAUAAUGUCUUUUACGGUAAUUAACUCGAAAUUAUUGAAUUUAUCUUUUCUUACAAGUGAAGUUCACAGGCCUUUGAAAAAAAUACGAGUUAAGGGACAGCGAAGAAGGAAAGAGCAUAGGAAAUUCCAGACUCGGAAGUAUUAAUGAAUUUUUGCUCUACGUCUCUGAGCUAUAUA